AUGUUGGCACUCGCAGAACGACGACGGCGGCGAAUGUUUCCGGAACCACGGAAUGGAGCUCAUCAGUAUAUGCAAAACUUACGCGGUGCGAACACGAAUACACUCUUCAUCGCCUACACCGUAUGCCAUGGGAUUGUGGGUCAAGAAACUCCAGGAGUCUACAAUAAUCCGAGCACUGUUGUGUUCACAUUCAAUGGCACCAGACGGCCUGAGCACUUCAUCGAGUACUUCCAUUUCCAAAAAGCAACCAUCCAACACAUUGAUCCUGCUUUGAUUCGACGAGUCACGCAGUGGAUACUGGAAGAUUUUCGAGCCAACCGUGGUAUCUUCCCAGAUUUCAUCGUCGUGCUACGUGAUCAUGUUCGAGAAGGAAUGCACGAUACGGUUGAAGAUCUAGAGUUCAAGGCGUUCAAAGAAUCAAUCACGGCGUAUAAAGAAGCGACAGAAUAUGCAGCAGAUUGGGUACCACGACUAGCGUUUGGAUUGGCUCCAUGGCGCCAGGAACACACGGAACCGCUCGUUUAUUUAUUCCAAAAUGACGACAAUGUAUUCGUGACGAACGAUGAAUUCCAACAAUUGAUUGUCAGCAUGUUUAUCACAAUUCGUAUCAACACUACCCGAUAUUCAGUGAUGGAACCUCUUUGGGCUGCAGAGAAUACGGCAACUCUGUGGACGAAACUGUUUCCAAGCUAUGCCACGUUUACCGCUGCACGAAACCGACCGCUACCUCGAAUCGCAAACUCGGAGCAAUACGAUUUCGACACGAUUUCUCUACAAUUUCACCUCGACCCAGAAUAA